AUGGUUCCAAAUCCUCCACCCCAACAUGAAUUUCCAGCUACUUGCAGAGAAGCAACUGAUAGAGUACUCGGAGCAUGUUCAAAGCUUAGGCCAUAUUCUUUUCGGGUUGCUGUCCGAAACACUUGGUCUCAACCCUUCUCACCUCCGAUAAGGGGUGCAUGGAAGGGCAUAUCUUUGUUUGUCACAAUUACCCGGCUUGCCGCGAACCGUACCGGACAAUUGGACAUGCCAAACACUGUGACCCCGACUUCCUCAAUAUCCUUUUACAAGAUCAAACAAGAGGACUCCAAGUUCUUCAUCAAGAUCGCUGGGUCGAUAUUGCUCCGAUGGAGGGGGCUCUCAUAGUUAAUAUCAGUGACCUC